AUGGAGAGUGUUGCGAAUGCAGUCUCUCUGGCCGCAAGUGCAGCUUCGCUGGCGUUGGACGCCUCCACAGAUGCUGUGGCACCUCUUUGGGCACAGCUGCAGCUCAUUCUUUCCGCCGCCGCGCAGGUCACUUCAGCCUUUUGGCUCCUCCUAGCUGAAGCACUUGGACAGCUAGGACGGGCUGUGCUGACCCACCCAAAGUUGGCCGUGGCUGUGAUUGGAGUUCCAGUGGUGUCUGUUGCGUUGAAUGUCGAUGGCAUGAGCCAAGCAGUGCUGUUGCACAAAGUGCUCGACAGCGAGUGCUUGACGCCCACGCUAGUGCUCUAUACCAGUGCCAUUUGCAAGGUUCGGAAGAACUGGCGUUUGGCCUUAGGACUUUUUCAAGAAAUUGCUGGGAGCUCCCUGGAAGCGAAUGACUUCAGCUAUGGGGCAACCAUCAGCGCUUGCGAAAGGGGCGCACAGUGGCUUCAUGCCAUUUCUUUGCUGCGUCAACGCAAACCAGAUCUGCCAUCCUUCAAUGCGACCUGCUCUGCCUGCCGUGGUGUGGCAUGGACCAAAGCCUUGCAGCUCAUGCGGACCGAUUUACGCUUACGUUUGAACGUGGUAAGCUUCAAUUCAACAAACAGCGCUUGCGAGAAAGCCUCCGCAUGGUGUAAGGCCUUGAUGUUGCUGGAGGAUUUGCAGCAGCGUUUUCUUUCUUCAGAUGUUGUCACCUGCAAUGCCUGCAUCAGUGCCUGUGAGACUUCUGAAACGUGGCAGCGUGCCCUUGGACUCCUUGGACUACUUUCAGCCACGGCAGCGGUGGCCUCCUUGAUAACAUACAAUGCUGCGUUGAGUGCUUGCAAAGUUAUGUUGGGCUGGGUGGCAGCCCUUGAACUCCUUGCUUUAUUGUUACGGAGUCGAACUUCACCCGAUCUGGUGACCCACAAUGCAGCAAUCACAGCUUGCUGCACGCAGUGGCAAUGGGCAUUCUUCAUAUUUCAUCGGCUAAAGUGGACCUGCAAGAUGCAGAGUGCACAAAAUGCGCUGCACCUUGCACAGAUGGCAGACAUCAUCACCUAUGGUGCCAUCAUCGCAGCGAGUGAAAAUGCCGCCCGAUGGCGAAGUGCUGUUGGAUGGAUGGAGGAGAUGGUCAUCCGUCAUUUGCAGCCGGAUGUCGUGGCCUGCAAUUCGUCCAUGAGCGCCUGUGAGAAAGCGUCCCAGUGGCAGCAGUCCUGGUGUCUUCUAAUGUCCCUUAGAGGUGUGAGAGCUGAUGCUUGCAGCCACGAUGCAGCAGUCAGUGCAUGUGAAAAGAGAUCCGAAUGGCAGCCGGCCUUUCUACUCCUGACGACCAUGCAGGUGAGAGGCUUCAGGGGAUCCUUGAUAUCACGUGCAGCCACUGGCAGCAGCGCUGGAAAGGCAUUCAGCUGGCAGAGUUCGGCUUUGUUUUUGUCACAAGCGAAGAGCAGGACUUUGCGGCCUGACCUGGCAUGGUGGAACAGCUCCUUAAGCGCUGGUGAGAAAGCCUUCCAGUGGCGCCAAUCCUUAAGCCUUUACAGGGUACAGUUUCAGUGCGGAGGAGAAGCUGCGUCUGGACCUGUAGCGGCUGCAUGUGCGCACCUGGGAUUGUGGAAACAGGUCCUUCAACUGCCGCACGAUGACAUGGUCUUAGGAGCCGCCAUCACAGCCUGUGAGAAGUGGAGAAAAGAAGGUGUGUUGACGCUGGUUGCUGCAGGGUUCAUCAACCUCAGCUGGGAGCGCGGCCUUCGUGACUCCCGUUCUGGUCGUUUGCAGAGUGCUGGUCGCCGAGCUCUGUCCGAGGUCUCCAUGGGAGGCCAUUCAUCCGGUGAGGGUGAGUCGGACAUGGAUGAGGCUCGUUGGGAGGAAAUUGAACGUGCUGAGGAGCAGAGUCCCGAUGUUAGGUAUGAGGCACAGCGGUUGCCUGACGCGUCACCUUCAAUGCUGUCCGUGCUGCAAGAGGAACGUACAAAGGGCUGCCGCUUCUUUAUGGGUGGCCAUAGUGGUGGUAGCUUUGCAAAGUCUGAUGAGUGCUUGCAGUUUCUGGAGCAACAAGUCGAGGACAUAGAAUACCAGCCUGAUGAACUGGUUUUCCAGCAGGGCAGUGCUAGAUCAGCAUUUCUCGUGGUCAAGCAGGGUGAGGUCGUGGUUGAACAUGGCUGUCGCUCUGCUGAUGUCUAUAGCGUUGGACCUGGGAAUGCCAUUGUGGGACUGCUCUUCAUGUUGGCCAGCAUCCCUGGCGGUGCCUCCACGGGGAGUUCCUGGAGUGUUCACAGCAGUUCUGCUCGCGCUGGAGCUGCUGGGGCUUUGGUUUCGGCAGUUCCCCUGAAAGCGUUUAAGGAGGCCUUCGAAAGGUUUCCCAAAGCCAUGCAGCGUUUGGUGCAGAGACUCUCAGUUCGUUUUUCGACGGUCGUCUUCGACACACUUUCUACCUAUUUUGGGCUCAGGAGUGAAUUCAUGACGCAGUCGACCUUCAAGGCCAAUGAGGCACCCCUUGAGGAGCUGAGAAAUCUGAGUCCAUCCGAGGCUUUCCAGCCACUACUGGAAAGUUGUGGCGAGAAGGGCGAGAAGGAGCUGGAGAAAGCAGAGAUGCUGAAAUUUGAAGCCGGCAGCUUUGCCAUUCCUCCCCAGUCUCGCGCCAAGCAUUUGCUGCUUCUUCUGGAAGGUGACUUGGCUGUGGAGAUGCAAAACGGAGCAGAGACCUCCAGGAUAUCACCUGGAAAUGUCAUCGGUGAGCUGUCAAUCCUAACUGACAAGGCAUCGUAUAUUUACUAUCGCUGCAUCUCCAAAUGCGUCUUUGCGGCACUCUCCCGCGAGGUCUGCAUCCGGCUGCUGGAAGAGUGUCCCAGGACCUUCAUCCUGACGCUUCUACACCUCAUCGUAGGUCGCACCGCCAGUUGGCUCCAUCGAGUGGAUGCUUGCUUGGACUGGCUCACUGUGGAAGGGAGCAGCUGCCUAUAUCGUCAGGGUGAUGAGAUGUCCGGUUUCUUCAUGGUUCUGUCUGGCCGGCUUGUCGCUUUGGAGAAGGUUGAAGAAAAACCAGGAGUUCCAAGGGUCUUGCGACAAAGCCGACAAACUGAGCGGGUCACAGACCUUUUGCAACGUGGUCGGCUUUGUGGCGAAUUGGACUGCUUGCGAAAAAGUUGUUACUCCCAGACGGUUCGCGCCUGUCGCGACUCUGAACUUUGCCGGGUUUCACCAACGUUGCUGCAGUUAAUUGCCAUGGACUUUCCGCAGGCGAUUCUGCAUUUUAGCUCCUACAUUGGAAGCCGGCCACAGCAGUUGCAGGACGUGUCGAGCGCCAAGUACAAAACCACCAUCACAGUGGUACCAGCAACCAAAGAUGUCGACAUUCAUGAGGUGUGCUCAAACCUAACUUCGGCUCUCAGCAAGUUGGGCAAAACCAUGCACAUCUCGCCCUCCACAGACCUCUUCUUUUCGCCUGGCCUCAAGGGCUCUGCAAGAAGCUUGGAUGAAGGGCGUUUGGGACGGCUCCUCGCAGAUAUGGAGGAACGGAGUCGGUGGCUGGUUUAUGAAGCGGAGCCAAAUAAUGAUGCCUCAAUCACGGACUGGACCAAACGCUGCGUGCGCCAGGCAGAUCACAUUUUAGUCGCUGCAAAUUUUAAUGGACAGGGCCGUGGUGAUGUGCCGCAGACCCCCAAUGAGAAGUAUGUACAAGAUGCCGCCCCGCUCUACGUGACCAGAGAGCUGUUGCUUUUGCACAAAGGCGCAGGAGGAAAGGCAUCUCAGCUUGCCUCAAUGGAUGAUUGGUUUGUCGGCUCUGCGGCCCAUGCCGAUGCCCUGAAGCCUGGGGUCAGUGGCUUCGUGCGGCACCAUCUCUUCGUGCACAAGGGCCGCAAGUCCCAGCGUUCCACACGACAUUACUUGAAUCAAAGACCUUGGGCAAGGCGCUGGCAUCAUGUACGGCUCGGCCCAGAAGAUGCUCGGGAUUGGGCCAGGGUGGCGCGGCUGCUGGCGGGAAAGGCUGUGGGUGUCUGCUUCGGUGGCGGCGGUGCACGGGGCAAUGUGCACUUCGGCGUGAUCCAGGCGAUGCAGGAGUUGGGGAUCCCCAUCGAUGUGGUCUCCGGGACCUCUUUUGGCGCCUUAGCAGCUGCAAUGUAUGCCAUUAGUGCACCGGAGCCCAGCUCUCUGAGACGUGUGGUGAAACGGGUGAUGACGACACAGUUUUCAACCCGGAAGUUGCUGAUGGAUCUAACUUUCCCUCGCACAGCCAAUUUCACAGGUGCAUUUCUCAAUGCCAUGCUGAAGGACAUCUUUGCACGUCGUCGUUGUGAAGACUUGCUGAUCCCCUUUUCCUGUACCAGCACCGACAUUGUGCAGUUCGAGGAGAAGGUGCAUAGAGACGGACCUUUGUGGCGCGUGGUACGUGCUUCCAUGAGCCUGGUGGGCAUCGCACCGCCGCUGCCGCAUCAGGAGCGAAGAGAAGACGGAAAAGUCACUACAACUUUGCUCGUUGAUGGGGGGUAUUCCAAUCAGUAUCCCAUCGAAGUGUUGAAAGAACAUGGAGCCGGCAUUGUGAUUUGCGUUGAAUGCUGUCCCGACUACUCUCCGGUUUGCACAGACUAUGGCGAUGCUGUCUGGGGGGGUUUAGUAACUUUGAAGCGGCGGCUUCUGUGCUGUCGACGAAACACUGCAAACCAAGACAGAGAUCCUCCUACCCAGGCGGAGAUCCAGGAGCGUCUCAUGUACUUGGUGGAGGCACUCAAGGAUCCUCACCGCGAACGCGCAAAUCUGGUGAUAUCUCCAGAUGUUUCGCCCUAUGGCCUUCUGGACAUGCCCAAGUACCAGGAGAUCAUUCAGCUUGGUUAUAACACUGCCCGUGUGGCAUUGGGUCAAUGGCUGGCAGACGAAGCUCCUGACAGCAUCCGGGAGAUUAUCCGGAUAGCAAAAGAGGAGGAAAUUGCUUCCAAGUCCAUCAAUGAAGUGGAGUAUGGUUCUCGUCUAAACUAUGCAACUUGGCGCAAAAAUGCGACUCGAGUUGCAAGAAAGCUGCUGAAGCGGAGAUCGCGAGCAGCUUCUGAAGAUCAUGAUGAUGCUGCGGACUACGAAGCAGAGAGUGAGGGCUAG